AUGCAGUGGCAAAAGUCAGCUUCGGGAACUAACGGUAUUCGGCUGACCAUGGAGAGCGCUCUGACAGCCCGCGACCGUGUCGGGGUGCAGGAUUUUGUCCUGCUUGAAAACUUCACCAGCGAAGCAGCGUUUAUUGAAAAUCUGCGUAAACGCUUCAAGGAGAAUCUGAUCUAUACAUACAUUGGCUCGGUUCUGGUGUCUGUUAAUCCAUACAAGGAACUGGAAAUCUACAGUAAACAGAACAUGGAGCGAUACCGUGGUGUCAGCUUCUAUGAAGUUUCUCCUCACCUCUACGCUAUUGCAGACAAUUCCUAUCGCUCCCUGCGUACAGAGAGGAAGGAUCAGUGUAUUCUGAUCUCCGGGGAGAGCGGGGCUGGCAAAACGGAGGCCACCAAGAAGAUCCUGCAGUACUACGCCGUGACCUGUCCAGCCAGUCUGCAGGUUGAAACCGUGAAGGACCGCCUGUUACAAUCCAAUCCCGUCCUGGAGGCCUUUGGAAAUGCAAAAACCCUUCGGAAUGACAACUCCAGCCGAUUUGGGAAAUACAUGGAUGUGCAGUUUGAUUACAGGGGGGCUCCUGUCGGGGGCCACAUCUUGAACUACCUCCUGGAGAAAUCCCGAGUUGUGCACCAGAAUCAUGGAGAGAGGAACUUCCACAUUUUCUACCAGCUGCUAGAAGGAGGGGAAGAGGACUUACUGCGAAGGCUGGGCCUCGAGAAGAGCCCACAACAGUAUCACUAUUUAGUAAAGGGUCACUGUGCAAGGGUCAGUUCCAUAAAUGAUAAAAAUGAUUGGAAGAUUGUGCGAAAAGCCCUGUCCGUUAUAAGCUUCAAUGACAAUGAGGUGGAGGAUUUGCUGAGCAUUGUGGCUAGCGUUCUGCACCUGGGGAACGUGCAGUUUGCUGCUGAUGAGCAAGGAAAUGCUCAGGUCACUACAGAGAAUCAGAUUAAAUAUCUGGCUAGGCUUCUAGCAGUUGAAGGCUCUGUUCUUCGAGAUGCAUUGAUCCACAAGAAGAUCAUAGCAAAAGGGGAAGAGCUAAUCAGUCCUCUGAACUUGGAGCAGGCAGCUUACGCAAGGGAUGCACUUGCUAAGGCAAUAUACGGACGCACUUUCUCCUGGCUGGUGAACAAAGUUAACAAGUCUCUUGCUUACAAGGAAGGAGAGUUUCCGGGCUGGAGAAGUACAACAGUUCUAGGAUUGCUUGAUAUCUAUGGAUUUGAGGUUUUCCAGCACAACAGCUUUGAGCAAUUUUGUAUUAAUUAUUGUAAUGAAAAAUUGCAGCAGCUCUUCAUAGAGCUCACGUUAAAGUCAGAACAAGAGGAAUACGAGGCAGAAGGCAUAGCGUGGGAACCAGUUCAGUAUUUCAAUAACAAAAUAAUUUGCGAUUUGGUGGAAGAGAAAUUCAAAGGCAUCAUUUCUAUUUUGGAUGAAGAGUGUCUGAGACCUGGGGAUGCCACAGAUACAACAUUCUUGGAGAAACUGGAGGAAACUGUGAAGAAUCACCCUCAUUUUCUCACGCACAAGCUUGCUGACCAAAAGACUCGCAAGUCACUGGGGCGGGAGGAGUUCCGGCUCUUGCACUAUGCUGGAGAGGUCACCUACAGUGUUGCAGGUUUUCUAGAUAAAAACAAUGACCUUCUCUUUCGGAACCUGAAGGAGACCAUGUGCAACUCUGAGAAUCCUAUCAUAAAUCAGUGUUUUGACAGGACAGAGCUGACAGACAAAAAGAGACCUGAAACGGCAGCAACUCAGUUUAAAAACAGCCUCUCCAAACUCAUGGAAAUUCUGAUGUCCAAAGAACCCUCCUACAUUCGUUGCAUUAAACCUAACGACGCUAAACAGGCUGAUCGAUUCGAUGAAGUUCUAAUUCGACAUCAAGUGAAAUACCUAGGGUUGAUGGAGAACCUCAGAGUGCGCAGAGCUGGGUUUGCAUAUCGAAGAAAAUACGAAGUUUUCCUGCAGAGGUACAAAUCACUUUGUCCAGAAACAUGGCCUACAUGGGACGGACGGCCCCACGAUGGGGUGGCUGUGCUGGUGAAGCAUCUUGGCUACAAACAGGAAGAAUACAAAAUGGGACGAACAAAGAUUUUUAUCCGCUUUCCCAAGACCUUGUUUGCAACGGAAGAUGCUUUGGAAGUGAGGAAGCAGAGUCUGGCAACAAAAAUGCAGGCCACAUGGAGAGGUUUCUACCGUCGAAAGAAAUUCCUGCACAUGAAACACUCAGCAAUAGCCAUCCAGUCCUGGUGGCGGGGAACCUUGGGACGCCGAAAAGCUGCCAAGAAGAAGUGGGCAGUAGAGACUAUCAGAAGGUUCAUUAAAGGUUUUAUAUACCGGAACCACCCUCGCUGCCCAGAGAACGAGUAUUUCCUUGAUUACAUCCGCUUCUCCUUCCUGAUGAACCUCAAGCGCAAUUUACCAAAAAAUGUUUUGGACAAAUCAUGGCCCACUCCUCCUCCGUCACUCUGUGAGGCGUCCCAGCUCCUGCGACAGCUAUGUAUGCAGAACAUGGUCUGGACCUACUGCAAGAGAAUCAGCCCAGAGUGGAAGCAGCAGCUGGAACAAAAAGUAAUUGCCAGUGAGAUUUUUAAGGGUAAAAAAGACAAUUACCCUCAGAGUGUUCCUAGACUCUUCAUCAACACUCGACUCGGUAAUGAAGAGAUAAAUGAUAAAGUCCUUCAGGCUUUAGAAAAUGAAGCCAUUAAGUAUGCAGUUCCUGUGAUCAAGUAUGACCGGAGAGGAUACAAAGCAAGAACACGGCAGCUGCUGCUUACACAAAACGCAGUCAUCAUAGUUGAAGAAUCCAAAAUCAAACAACGGAUCGACUAUGCCAAUCUGACAGGCAUCUCCGUCAGCAGCCUGAGCGAUAACUUGUUUGUGCUGCACGUGCACUGCGAGGAUAACAAACAGAAGGGAGAUGUUGUACUUCAAAGUGACCAUGUGAUCGAGACCCUAACAAAAACAGCCAUGCAGGCAGACAAAGUCAAUAACGUCAACAUCAACCAGGGCAGCAUAAAAUUUACAGUUGGGCAAGGCAAAGAAGGCAUAAUUGACUUUAUAUCGGGAUCAGAACUGCUCAUAGCCAAAGCCAAGAAUGGCCAUCUAACAGUGGUUGCUCCUCGUUUGAACUCUCGAUGAUAAAACGUGCCACCACCACCGGACCUUUCCCUCCAUCAGUCUGACUGCACCCUGUACAAUUGGCUGGAGGUUGUUCCCAGCAAAGCCCCCCCUCCUUCCUCGCUUUGCUCAUUUUAUUGUUACCAAAGACCUGCACUUUCAGAAAAAAAAAAACCACCACAAAAUACAUCUUGCUUUCUUGUCUUAAUAUGAGUUCCAAAAGAAAGGCCUUCUCUUCCUUACCUUAGCGGCGAACGCGUGGGUCCAAGGCAAUGUCUGUGAAACCGUGGCUCAUGAAACAUUCAGCUGGGCUUCGAGGGAGAGGUAGCUCUGACUCUAGUAUUAGAGUUUAAGCCCUGAUGGAAAUGACCAAAAUUUGUGCUUGUCAUCAAAAAGCACAAUCAGAAAACAAGUAACUCUGCUGCUUUGUCAGCUGAAUCAAUGAAUCGCCAAACUAUAUACUCAGAAAGAAUGUUUUAUGAAGAAUUUUGCUCUGAGACAUUUUGAUGCUUUGUGUUACAAUAGAUUAAAGCCAUAUUGUGUAAAUGAGU